AUGCCCCCCAAGGCCGCCGACAAGAAGCCCGCCAGCAAGGCCCCCGCGAGCGCCUCCAAGGCCCCGGUGGAGAAGAAGGAUGCUGGCAAGAAGACCGCGCCCUCGGGCGACAAGAAGAAGCGGACUAAGGCCCGCAAGGAGACUUACUCCUCCUACAUCUACAAGGUCCUGAAGCAGGUCCACCCCGACACCGGUAUCUCCAACCGUGCCAUGUCUAUCCUCAACUCGUUCGUUAACGAUAUCUUCGAGCGCGUGGCCACCGAGGCUUCCAAGCUUGCCGCCUACAACAAGAAGUCGACCAUUUCGUCGCGCGAGAUCCAGACAUCCGUCCGCCUCAUCCUGCCCGGUGAGCUGGCCAAGCACGCCGUGUCGGAAGGCACCAAGGCCGUCACCAAGUAUUCGUCGAGCACGAAAUGA